AUGGCUUCCAGAUCUAGCAUCGACAAGGGUUCAAAGGUUGACAUCCCAGCCUUCACCCCCACUGCUGUCGACAGCAUCCCCGAGACCUGCUCCGCCGUGCGCGCCGGUUUCCGCACCCUCAAGACCAAGGACCUGGAGUACCGCAAGGUGCAGCUCCGCAAGCUGUACUGGGGCAUCAAGGACCAUGGCGCCCUGCUCGAGGAGGCCCUGAUGCGCGACCUGCGCAAGUCCGCCUACGAGUCCAGGUUCGCCGAGAUCGACUGGACCGCCAACGACUGCAUGUUCAUGCUCGACAACCUCGACAAGUUCGCCAAGGACGAAAUUCCUGACGUUCCCUUCGUCUUCAAACCCAACAAGGUCCGCAUCCACAAGGAGCCCCUGGGCAGCGCCCUCAUCAUCGGCACCUACAACUUUCCCUUCAUGCUCACCGUCGUGCCCCUGGUCGGCGCCAUCGCCGCCGGGUGCACUGCUGUCCUGAAGCCCUCCGAGGGCGCUCCGAACGUCGCCAUGGCCAUCAAGUUGAUUGUGGAGAGCUGCCUGGACCCGGAGGCAUACCGUGUAGUGAACGGCGCCGUCCCGGAGACCACCGCCCUGCUCGACCAGAAGUGGGACAAGAUCUUCUACACGGGCAGCGCCAACGUCGCCCGCAUCAUCUGCAAGAGGGCCGCCGAGAACCUGACCCCCGUCACCCUCGAGCUCGGCGGCCGCAACCCGGCCUUUGUCACGCGCAACGCCGACCUGAAGCUGGCCGCGAAGCGACUGCUCUGGGCAAAGACCCUCUGUGCCGGCCAGGUCUGCCUCUCCCAGAACUACGUUCUGGUGGAGCGUGAGGCGGUGGACGACUUCAUCACGCAGCUCAACGCCGCCAACAAGCAGGCGUUCCCCCAGGGCGCCAAGGCGAGCCCUGACCUGUGCCGCGUCGUGAACGAGAGGCACUUCAUGCGGAUGAAGAAGAUGGUGGACGAGAGCAAGGGCAAGAUCGUCAUGGGCGGCGAGAUGGACCAGUCGGAGCUGUUCAUCGCGCCCACGGCGGUGCUGGUCAACUCGGUGGACGACAGUAUGAUGAAGGAGGAGUCCUUCGGGCCUGUCUUCUGUAUCAUUCCAUUCGACAACCUCGGCGACGCCAUUGACAUUGCCAACAAUGUAGACCCCACCCCACUGGCCCUGUUUGGCUUUGGCACACGAGAAGAAUUCAACAGGCUCAUCAACGGAGUCACCUCGGGCGGCGCGAGCUACAACGACUCCUUCAUACACGCCUCGAUCCAGACGGUCCCCUUCGGCGGCGUGGGCGAGUCCGGAACGGGCAGCUACCGCGGCAAGGCCUCGUUCGACGCCUUCACGCACCAGCGCAGCAUCGCCGAGACGCCCGCCUGGGCCGAGUCCACCCUCCGCGUCCGCUACCAGCCCUACGACUGGUCGCAGCUCAACAUGCUCAAGUUCCUGACCGAGAGGAAGCCCAACUUCGACCGCGAGGGCCGCGUCGUCCGGGGGCUCGGCUACUGGUUCAAGGUGCUGCUGGGCCUGGGCACGGCGGAGAAGAAAGCGGACAAGUAG